AUGGAGACACUGCUGGCAGAUCGCAGGGAUGAGCGCCCUCAGGCAUCGCCAUACCGUCCCGACGAAGAGGAGCGUCGGUUCUACUACUCGGGCGUCCGCGGCAGUCCAAUGCUGGUCGCCCGGACGAGCGGGGAGAAGUGGACCAAGGUGACGGAUCCCAUCAAGGGUCUACCAGAGUCCCGGAUGUUUUUCGCGCUGAAGCAGGUCGAGGGCCGCUACUGGUACGACGUCGUUCAGGAGCCGCCGAUAGCCAAGAAGUGGCACGAGGGCCCGGCGCUUAAGCAGGCCCUGCUCGCCCAUCUCUCAGCAUCGUGCGAUUGGACGAGCAUGCAGGUGAUGCAGUGCGGAUCCAUGUCCUUCCACGCGUUCCUCCCUACCGUCCUUCUCGUUAGCGUGGCGCCUGGCUCGCUCGGCUGGGACGAGGGGAUCGAGAUCGCAAAGAGGUGCAUCUCGAUUCUGGAGUCGUUUGAGGUCUACGGCAUAGACUGCGAAAUCAUGGAGAUGGCCGCCAUGGCCAAGUAUGGCUUCCGAGACAUCGACUCCCACGAUUUCGUGCGCGAGGGAGAUGUCCUGAAGUACCCAAUCUCCACUCUGCUACACCUGACCUCAUCGUCGGGCUACCCGAUACGCGCCCUGGACAACGACGUGCAGGGAACUGUGGGCCUGCACAUCGCCUUCAAGGGUCAGCCGGGGGUAUACGGGCUCACCUGCCGCCAUGUCGUGCUGCCGGAUCUACCCCCAGACACUCCAUACAGGCACGACCCCCAAGGCAAGGAGAGGAAGAUCAUCCAGGCCACGAAAGAAACCAUCCACAACGCAGUGCAGACAGUCUAUUUACCGCACGACUCCGUGGCAAGGCAGCACGGUCGGCUGCGAGUGAUGCUCGCCCUGCAAGAGGCGUUCAGGGGGGAGAUCAACGCCACCUUCCGGGAGCGCCUGGCUAAGGCAGAGCAGGACGCCGACUGUAUGGCCCGCGUCAUGGAGCUCCUCGAGGAGAUGCGCCGCGACGAAGACCGGGUCAUCGGCCACGUGGCGUACGCCGCGCCCGCCACGGCAACGACGUUGACCACCCGGGACGGCGAGCAGACCUUCUUGCGGGACUGGGCACUGUGCAGGCUCGACAAGGCCAUGGCCGGUGACGGGCGCAGCGGCAUGUAUGUCGACACGGGGUACUCGCGUGAUGGCAGGUGGCAAGGCCUUAAGGGGAUCGAGACGUUUCGCCGCGUGAUGGAGCGCACCAUGACGGGUGGCUGCAGGCUUGAGGUGGUCAAGAGAGGUGCUGCGUCGAACAUCACUCACGGAACGCUCAACCCCAUCGGGUGCGUCCGCCGGAUGGCCGACGGGCGCGUCACCUACGACCUGAUGGUCUUGCCGGAUACCGUAAGCGCGUUUCGCUCUUGGUCACUACCCUUUGCCGCGGAAGGGGACUCGGGGUCGGCUGUGUUUCAUGGAGACGCGGUCAUUGGAAUUGUCAGUGGUGGGUAUGGGGGCCGUCGGCAAAACCAGUCGGAGGAUACCCCGGACAAGUCGGAGGAUACCUCGGAGCGGCAACAAGAGGUCGACGUGGCACUUGUGACGCCGAUCGAAUGGAUUCUCCAGAGCAUUGCCGAGUUCACCGGAUUGGAACCCUACAUCUGGGGUCUAAUCCGCCGGAGCCGUCUUCACGCCGGUAUGGUCGCGUGA